AUGAAAGUUCGAGCUGACGUCCACCACGAGCCAAUUGAAAGGAUCCUACCGCUCACAUCCGAGAAUUUAAAGAAAUUUGAAAGGCAGUUUAAAAGCAGCGAAAGUCUUAAUUCACGACGUAYAAUCCCGGAAAGAACUGCUGCCGAUGGAAAAAGCGCUGAGAACUCAGUYURCUCYYCUCACGAAGUUGAUCGACUAAAAAAACUUGAACAAACGAAUCCCCAAACCAAAACUCACGACUACAGCCGAUCGCUUUAUCGACCAGUCAGAGAUCCAUUCCGAAAGAAUCCCGAAGGGCGAAGUCAGAAUGGAAGCGCCGCCUUGCCGUAUUCGACUGCGACUAAAAUAUWUUACGACGAAGAAGAUGACAGAAUACCMUAUGAGGACCCAGAUCACGUGGUUCAGUCGUGGUCACGUGCUACUGAUAAGUUCGUUCAAGAGCGUUUUCAAUACGAAAGCAGUAGUUAUUCUUCAAGCACUAUUUCUGUAGUUAAAACAAAACUGAGACCUAAAAGACAGACUCCGUCCGAUGGAUCCGUUCCAUCUAGCACGAGUGCAAGCAGUAGUGAAAAUGAUUUGUUUGACGAUUAUGAUGAUGAUGAUGAAGAUACUUCAAGUGAAGAUCAUACCACAACUAUCACUAAAAAUGCUUCAACGACAUUCUAUACUCGUAGCACUAGUAGUGUAAGUUCUAUUAGCAGCAUCCCCACUAUUCCUUCACCAGACAGCUCAACCGUCGAGCCAGAAACACAAUCGAUAAAACCUACAGAACCCACAGAAGYUCAAGAAGAGAAAGGAGAAGAGGUUGUCAAUAAAAUUUCUGAUGAAAUUGCACCUCCAUUAAUCGACAUAAAUCCAUCUCGCCCGCUAAGUAACUCCAGUUUGUCAUCGGACAGUUCGAUAAGUUUAGGUAACUUUGUCUCCAGCCAGUUCGAAUGUACUAGUAGGAAAGACAGCGUUACUACCCAAGCACUUAGUAGGGAAUCAUACGUAACAAUACGUAACUGGACGCGCUGGGGCGCACGCUCUAAAGGAGGCUAUAGUAUAACAGACAAAAUAGUUCCAUUCCAUCGACGGAAUAAAUCGAUACGAAUUUCAAGGUCYUCUCACUCAACAAUUUCGUCGAGUAGCAGCGAGAGUAGCACUAGCCAAUCAGACUCCACUGUUACUGCUGUCCGCUSUGCUUCUAGUCAUCUUUCAUUAACUGCAAGGACCCCAACAUUGAAAGAUUCUUCCGAAGAAGACGGAAACAAACAAGAAAGCGAAGAAGAAAGCGAAGAAGAAAGCGAAGAAGAAAGUGAAGAAGAAAGCGAUGAAGAAAGCGAUGAAGAAAGUGACGAUGAAAGUGAUGAAGAAAACAAAAUACGAGAAGAAAGCGAAGAAGAAAGCGAAGGUGAAAGCGAAGACGAAAGCGAAGAAACUUCUGACGAAGAUUCUGAAGACUAUUUUAAUGAAAGUUCUAAAGACGACGCAUCAGAAAUUGCGUCUAUAGGUGCAGCUCCAACAAGCGAAAAGCCUCGUCCUGUUGCUUUAGUAGAAACAAGACAGCAAUCGAGUCAAGUAAGCGAGCAAAAUAAUCAAUUAAGUCCGCUGCAGAGUAAAUCUAGAGACCAAGACAUAACAAGUAGAUUUAGAGUUAGAAAGACAAAAAUACGAGAAACAGAGAACGAUGUUGAAGGAGUCGAUUUUAAAAACAGAACUAAAAAGAUCCCUAAACUACGAAACAGGCCUCCAAGACCUAAAGGAGGUCUGGGUAAACUAGUGCUUAUUGAAGACAUUCGACACAGCCACGAAAGAAAAAGAAGGAGAAGAGGCAAAAAUACAGAGGAAAUAUUCACCGUAGAACAAGAAGAUGCAAAGUGCACGUACACGUCAUUAAGUUACACACCGCCAUUACAUAGGAAGCCCAAGUUAUCUAAACCACUUCCUAAACCGAAGUCAUCCCUCUCCACGAGCACUGACUCGAGUUCAGUAUCCCGCACCUCGAGCGCAUUAUCACGAGACUCGUUCCCAGGGAGACGGAGAAAGACUGUUUUGAAGCCCUUGAAUGUGAACGAUUCGGGUUUUGUUACGGACUGUACUCCGUCCAGCUGUGACAGCAUCCGACCGACUGACACGCCAUUUACACCGGUUUCGAGAAAGAUUUCAGGUCUUAGCCUGCGGUCUCUUAUUGUCUCUGAUGACAGCGGCUGUUCCAGUUAUUAUAGAGAAAGUGAUUCAUGUUUGAGUCGMUCAUCGUCAAGCUGCAUUUCGUCAGGUAUUUGAUCUUCUUCACCAGWUCCCUUCYCCAUCUUGAAAGAUUACCCUGUGCCUGUGCACUCAUAGAAACCUUCUUUCACACCUACAGACAAUUAUUCACAGGUAUCUAUCAUUGCAUUGCACAACGGUCGUCUCGUCACGAGUUUUGUUGCAAAAGGCACGACUAACUUUCAAGAUGGUACGUGAACCGUGAWGGUGACUUUUUCUGGCUAUUAAAAGUGAUCAAUUGAUUAAUCAAUGAUCAAUCAAUCAGCCAAUCAAUCAAUCAGUAUAUAAAGUUGUCGGUUGGAUUAAAAUAUAUUUUAUGAUAAAAUACAAAAAUCAAUCAAGUUAAUGGAUCGGCAGAUCGAUGGUGGGAUAAAUAAUMAAUUAGAAAACUGAACAAACAGAUUAAUGAAAGGAAAAAACGAAUUGAUGUUUGCUCAUAAUGUCAUUAUGAUGAUGAAUAAAAAUCAUUAAUGUUAAAAUGUUUUCGUACGUAGGAACAAAACUGAAUAUUUAUAAAAUUCAUUAAGCAAAUUCUACCAUUUAUCAAGGAAAAAACGUCAUUGGACCAUUUUGAGAAUUCAUUUAAGCACGUCGUUGUAUUGUCCAAUUAUAUUAGACCUAAAAAUCGAUUCAAGCACCAAUCAACGAUAAAACAAAGAAUCAACCCCAUUUAAAACACUUUAUCAAAUUCAGUAGAUCGUAAUUAUCGCUUCUUAAUGUACAGUAUAGRAAUGGCUUUUCCAAUU